AUGAACCAACCUGUCAUCCUUUAUGCCUUAGAACGGCGCCAAAACGGCGCCAAGAAUGUGUUUCUCACUAAGUCAGAUGUAGAGGGCAUCAUCCGGAUCAAGCAGGGCGACCAGCAGGCGCCCUCAGGCCGGCGGCGGCGGGGUGCGGGAGGGGGGGCGGCAGUGCAGGGCGGCACCAAGAACUACAGCAAGAAGGUGCUGCAGUUCUUCCAGGUGCUGAAGGGCGCUGGCGGUCAGGACAUCCUGUGCCGCUGCGUCAAGCGCAGCGGAGAGUGGCGGUGGUGCCCCGUGGUGCCGCUCGAGGAGCUGCCCCGAGUGAUCAAGGAGCACCACGAGCGGGCGACUGGCUUCAGCGGUGUGGAGAAGCUGUACACACAUCGCAGGCCAAAGGGCGAGCCCAAGGACUUUGCUGUGGGCGAUGACGUGCUGCUGCUGCCGCCGAAGCGCGGCAAAGUGGGCAAGCAGCUGGGCCGCAACCGCAUCGUGUGCCGCGUGGUGGAGAUCAAGCGGCCCUUUGGCGUGACCAUGUACCGGCUGCGGAGCGGAGCUGGAGUGGUGGAGGGUAUGCAUCAGGCCAGCAGGCUAUCUAAGGCGCCACCCAGCCUGGCCAGCGAGCUGACCUUCAGCGGCACGGCGCAGCGAGGAGUGCCUGUGGUGUCUCUCAAUGUGGCGAUGGCGGCGCAGCCCGGCGGCGGCAAGGCAGCCGUGCGCUGCGGCUGCCGCGGCGCCUGCACCCGGAACUGCAGCUGCAAGAAGAAUGGUGCGCGGUGUGGGCGGCACUGUGGCUGUAUAACCGCAAGCCUAGUGGUGUCGGCCGCUCGGUCGUCACCAAUCGGCAGCGGCUGCAGUGGUGGCGGCGUGCCCGGCGCCAGCGCACAGGCACGCGCGCUGACCGGCCGGGCCCUGCUUACAUCGCCGGCGUCCACAAAUGUGUCAGCACACCAUGACGGCGCGCAUCAGCCUUUGCACUUGUCGGGCGGGACAGCUGCUGCCCUGGUGCUGGCGCCACUGGUGUCGGCGCUCUCCAAUGCGGCAGGCGUUGGAGGGGGUGCCGUGUUUGUGCCGCUGUUCUCCGUGCUGCUGUCAAUCAGCAUCAAGGCCGCCACGGCACUCAGCCAGGCGGUCAUCACCGGCGGAGCCAUUGGCUCCGUGGCGUUCAGCCUCACACGGCAGCAUCCGCUCCGCCCCGGCGCCCCGCUCAUUGAUUUCAGCCUAGCGCUCACGCUGCUGCCGCCCCUGCUCCUGGGCGUCGCCACCGGCGUCCUUCUCAACCUGGCCCUGCCCGCCUGGCUGGUCACCAUCCUGCUCAUCCCGCUGCUCAUCACCUUUGCCAUACGCACCGCGGCCACGGGACUGAGCAUGCGGCGAGCAGAGAAGCAGGCACAGCAGUGGCUGCAGCCGCAGUCGGCCUGCAGCAGCAGCGGGCAGCUGCUGGUUGGCCCGCAGCCAGAGCCGUCGCCCAAGCUGUGCCUGGAGCUUGUCAGGCGGAGUGUGGCCAUCAAGGCGCCACGCAGCAGCCGCUCCCUGCACCACUUGCUAGCUGCCGCUGGGUCUGGCUACAGUGUUGCUGGCAACAGCUCGGAUGGCAGCGCGGCGGCGCAAGCAGCGUCGCCUAGCUGGCACAUUGCUGCGGCAGGGGGGGCUGAGCAGGCGGGUCAGCAGCAGCAGCAGGCCAGUGCCAGCCCCAGCAAGCAGAGUGAGGUUAGGGUCGAGCUGGAGGAGGCAGCAGCAGCAGAGGAGGGCGCACCAGAGCCUCUGCGCUGGAGCGAUGCCCCAACCCUGCUGGAUGGUGUGCUGGAUGAUGAGCUGAUGCCCAUGCAUAGCUCUCAGCGGCUAAGUCUGCAUGGUUCGCAACAGCAACUGCAGCGCUCGUCAACUUGCAGCGACGGUCUGGCGAUUGACUGCCAGCAGCGCAGCCAGUCGCAGCAGACAGAGCACGAGGAGAGCAGGUGCAAUGGCAUGGCUGGAGCUGGAGGCAGCGACACGACUCAGGUGGGUGCCUCAGGCUUCGAAAAGUCUGAAAGCCUGCGAUAUGUGCUGAGCAGGCACCGGUGCCUGCUGCAGGGUGAUUGCCUCCCUGCCCCAUGGUCCAAGCUUGCUAAGAUGGGGCUGCUGUGGAUUGCCUUUCUGGGCCUGACGCUCGGCAAGGCGCAUUUUGGGCGCUGCAGCUGGCAGCACGGCCUGCUGUUUGGCCUUCAAGCUCUGCUGGCGCUUGCCCUCUCUGCGCUCUUCAGCUGGCAGGCAAGCAGUGCGAUGUGA